AACCUUGGUAAGUUGGAAUUGCACUUCAAAUCCGGUGAGUUAUGGCUUCUAUUCCUAUUGUUGUUACUUGCACCUCAUGUCAUAUGUUUAGCUUAGCCUUCUCUGUCAGCUGCGAGGGUUUUAUAUGCGAUAAAUGCAGGGAAGUAGUUAGGCUGACAGAGAAGAUCUUAGAAUUAGAGUCUCGCAUCCAAUCUUUAUCUGAGGAUAGUAAGAGUUUAACGACGAUAGAAAACACUUUGGAUGCGAGCAACAUUAGCGCACACAGCUCGGUUCCGGUUGAAAAUCCUCCGCAGCUGGGAAACUUCGUGACUGUGAGACGGCGUAGUCGCAGGACAAAACAUCACUCGACCGUUCCGAUUACAGUCUCGAACAGGUUUGCCCCGCUCAGUGACGCACCGACUGAGAAACCUGCUGAAAGUGCCCUAGUUAUCGGUGAUUCUAUUGUUCGGAACGUUAACAUAGAGGCACCAGCCACCAUAGUCAAAUGUUUACCGGGAGCCAGAGCGCCUGACAUCAAGUCAAAUUUAAAUGUGCUGGCUAAGGCUAAUCGUAAAUUCAGUAAGAUUGUCAUUCACGUCGGCACAAAUGAUGUUCGACUCCGUCAAUCGGAGAUCACAAAAGAUAACAUUAAAGAGGUGUGUGAGCUCGCAAGCAUGAUGUCAGACACUGUAAUAUUCUCUGGCCCCCUCAAUGCUUAUCGUGGUGAUGAGAUUUAUAGCAGAUUAUCAUCACUAAAUGGCUGGUUGUCUGAGUGGUGCCUGCAGAAUGAUAUAGUUUUUAUAAAUAACUGGAAGAGUUUUGAGGGCAGACCUGACCUGUUGAAACGAGAUGGUCUCCAUCCCUCCUGGGCUGGGACUUCCAUCCUGUCUAGAAAUAUGGCAAAAAGUCUUAAUGCUAAUGCUAAAACUUGACUCGCUGGGGCCCAGGUCAGGGAGCAGACAGUAUGGCUUAACCAACUGUCUGCUUGCCGUCUCACGUCGCAGAAUACACAAAAUGUACAACAUGUAGUAAUCCGUUCUCCCAAACAUCACAAAAUAGAGACUGUGUCUGUCCCCCGGAUUAGCAAACAUAAAAUAAUGCGUAAACCUCUUGAAAGUAAUUUAAUAAACGUUAAACAAACUAAACAUGAACAAAAUACAGAUAAUCAACUGUUACGACUCGGAUUGCUAAAUAUUAGAUCUCUCUCUAAUAAAGCACUUUUUGUUAACGAUAUGAUAACAGAUCAUAAAAUAGACAUGCUCUGUUUGACAGAAACAUGGCUAAAACCAGAUGAUUAUAUUGCUUUAAAUGAAUCUGUCCCCCAAGAUUAUUAUUAUAAACACGAGCCUCGUCUAAAAGGCAGAGGGGGAGGUGUCGCAGCACUUUACAAUAACUCUCUUAGCAUUUCCCAGAAGUCGAACUCUAAAUAUAAUUCUUUUGAAGUCAUGGUUCUUCAUGUUUCAACACCUAAUACUAAAGAUAAAACACUUUUUAAAUUGAUUCUAGCUAUUGUAUAUAGGCCUCCAGGGCACCACACAGAUUUUAUUAAAGAAUUUGGUGGGUUCUUAUCAGAACUAGUACUGGCCGCAGAUAGACUCCUUGUCGUUGGUGACUUUAACAUCCACGUAGAUAACGUUACAGAUGCCUUAGGAAUGGCUUUCAAAGACACUCUUAACUCCAUGGGCAUUAGUCAACAUGUGUCAGGACCCACUCACCUUCGUAAUCAUACUUUAGAUUUAAUACUGUCUUACGGUAUAAAUGUGGACGACGUUAAAAUCCUUCAGCAGAGUGAAGACAUUUCGGAUCAUUAUCUGGUAUUAUGUUUGCUUCACUGGCCUACGGCUGCAAAUAAAACUCAUUGUUACAAAUAUGGUAGAACAAUAACUUCAACUACCAAAGAUGCGUUUCUCGAUAAUCUGCCCGAAUUGUCUCAAAUCAUGAGAAAUAACGUUGAAGAUCUUGACAUUACCACUGAAAAUUUUAAUUCCACCUUCUCGGUAACGCUAGACAAAGUUGCUCCACUACGUUUAAAGAAGAUUAAAAAUGGCAGCCCCACACCGUGGUAUAAUGAACACACUCAGGCUCUAAAGAAAGCGGCCCGAAAAAUGGAGCGCAACUUUAAGAAAACUAAAUUAGAGGUAUUUCGUACAGCAUGGAAGGAUAGUAUUCGAAAAUACAGGAAAGCCCUAAUAACUUCUAGAUCCGCCUACUUUUCAUCACUAAUAGAAGAAAACCAGCACAACCCUAGGUUUUUAUUUAACACGGUGGCUAAAUUAACAAAAAAUAAAUCGUCAGUGACUUCUGAUCCUGUAUAUCAGCAUAGCAGUGAUGAAUUUAUGAACUACUUCACAUAUAAAAUCCAAGAUAUUAGAGAAAAAAUUAUAACAAUGCAAUCAGAAGUGAAACCCGCUGAACAAACUAACUACAGCGCCCUUAAGGAGAAAAUGCAAUUAUUUUAUACCGUAGAUCAAGAUGAGCUGUCUAAAAUUAUUAGAUCAUCUAAAUCAACAACAUGCAUACUAGACCCUAUACCUACAAAUCUACUGAAAGAGAUGCUCCCAGAAAUUAUAGAUCCUCUUCUUGGUAUUAUUAACUCAUCUCUGACAUUAGGACAUGUGCCUAAAGCAUAUAAGGUGGCUGUUAUAAGGCCCCUUGUCAAAAAACCCCAACUCGACCCUAGAGAACUAAGGAACUACAGGCCUAUAUCGAAUCUACCUUUCAUAUCUAAAGUUCUGGAAAAAGUAGUUUCAACUCAAUUAUGCUCCUUCCUCCAAAGGAAUGACAUCAAUGAAGAAUUCCAGUCUGGAUUUAGAGCAUGUCACAGUACAGAGACUGCUUUGAUCAGAGUUACAAAUGAUCUGCUAUUGGCGUCUGACCGAGGUUGUAUCUCGUUAUUGGUGCUGCUAGACCUUAGUGCUGCAUUCGAUACCAUUGACCACAGCACACUCCUACAUAGACUCGAAAAUUAUGUCGGCAUUAAGGGAAUAGCUUUGAAAUGGUUUAAAUCUUAUUUAUCCGACCGUUUUCAAUUUGUAGCAAUAAACAAUGAGGUGUCACGCAAAUCGCAAGUCCAGUACGGUGUACCACAGGGCUCAGUCUUAGGGCCUCUGCUCUUCGCAUUAUACAUGCUACCUCUAGGAGAUAUAAUAAAGCGACACGGAGUUAGCUUUCACUGUUAUGCUGAUGAUACUCAACUUUAUAUUUCCUCGAAGCCUCAUGAAACACAGCAGUUCCAUCGAAUAAUGGAAUGCAUAGUCGAUAUAAAAAACUGGAUGAGUAACAACUUUUUAUUACUGAACUCGGACAAAACGGAAGUGUUACUUAUUGGACCGAAAACUGCUAUAAGUAACAACCAAGAAUACUGUUUAACUAUUGACGGAUGUUCCAUAAAACCCUCGUCGUCAGCAAAGAAUCUUGGCGUUCUAUUCGAUAGUAAUCUGUCAUUUGAGAGCCACGUCGCCAACACCUGUAAAAUUGCGUUUUUCCAUCUUAAGAAUAUAUCUAAACUACGUCAUAUGCUGUCAAUCGCAGAUGCAGAGAAGUUAAUUCAUGCAUUCAUGACAUCAAGACUAGAUUACUGUAAUGCACUGUUAGGUGGUUGCCCUGCAGGCUUAUUACAAAAACUCCAAUUGGUCCAAAACGCGGCAGCUCGAGUUCUUACACGUACAAAAAAGUAUGAACAUAUUAGCCCGGUUCUGUCAACCUUGCACUGGUUACCUAUAAAGCAUCGCGUUAACUUUAAAAUCUUGCUUAUUACCUAUAAAGCCUUACAUGGUUUAGCUCCUCAGUACUUGAAUGAACUCCUUUUGUAUUACAGUCCUUCACGUGCAUUACGCUCUCAGGCGUCCUGUCAGUUGGUAAUACCUAGAAUUUCAAAAUCAAGUGCAGGUGGUAGAUCCUUUUCCUAUCUAGCGCCUAAACUUUGGAAUAGUCUUCCCUGCACUGUCCGGGAGGCAGACACACUCUGUCAGUUUAAAUCUAGACUAAAGACGCAUCUUUUUAAUCUUGCAUACACUACUCUUCCAUAAUAUAA